AUGGGUUCAUCAAUAUCAUUUCCUGAAGUAGAAAUAUCUCCAGAAAGAACAUAUUUAAUAACAGGUGGCAAUUCAGGUAUUGGAUACAUUGCUGCCAGAGAAAUAGCUCGUAUGGGAGGUCAUGUUAUUAUUGCUUGUAGAAAUAUGGUUAAAGCCGAUGAGGCCAUAAAACGAAUACAAGAAGAAUAUGAAGAACAUUUAACAUCGAAACAGUCCCCAGCUGAUAUUUCAGAACUUAAGAAAAUAAACGUUGAGAAAAUGGAAUUAGAUUUGGCAUCAUUUGCAUCUACCCAAAGCUUCAUAGAAUCGUUCAAAGCUCGAAAUUGUGCUUUAAAUGUUUUGAUUUGUAAUGCAGGAGUUGUAACUGACAAAGAAAUUACAGAAGAUAACCACGAGUUGAUGUUACAAGCCAAUUUUCUAUCUCAUUUCAUUAUAACUGUACAUUUAUUACCCAUUUUACUGAAAUGUGGUGAAGACAGUAGGGUGGUUAAUGUUUCGUCUCUUGGGCAUAUGAAUGGAAAACUUGAUAUAGAAAACAUGGAUGGAGAAAAGAGCUUUGGUCAAUUGUCCUUCUAUUGCAAUUCUAAACUUUAUCAGGUUAUGUCAAUGUUUUGGUUAAGCAGACAUUUAAAAGAUAAAUCAGUUUCUAUAAUAAGUUUACAUCCAGGUUUUGUUGAUACCCAAAUGACCCGGAAAAGUAAAUAUAUUAAGUAUUUCGUAUCAGGUUUUGCCAAAAAGGCUGUUGAUGGUGGUGCUACAACUAUAAAAGCUGCAGUAGACCCAAAUUUACAAAGUCAAUCAGCUAUUUAUCUUGAUGUAUGUAAAAUUAAAUCUCCAUCAAGUCUAUCCAGGAAUACUGAGAAACAAGAAUUAUUGAUGAAAUACACACUGGAUGUUGUCAAAGAUUACCUACCACAAGAUAUACAUGACUAUUUAGAUUUCUAAUUCUCCAGGGUACACACUACUAAAAGUAAAAUUUAAAAAGGGAGUGUAGAGAAUUUGUAUAUUACCUCGCAAGUUAAAACUACCUUGAUUGACUACAGUUUAAUUUUAUUUACUUGGAACCCAACGACGAAAUUUAAAUCUGAAAAAUAAAUAACAUGUUUUAAACGACCUUGUCCUUAUCAAUACAUAUGAUGUAUGAUUGCAUAAUAGAUGUUUUAUAUAACUUA